UCCAGCUUCGUUGUUUCAUUACGAAGAGUUUCGGUUUUAUUGGAAUUUCAUUCUAUGAGUGACAUAAGUAACAGUUGCAAUUUUUCACCCGAGCUCUUGAUCCGAGUGCGGUGUAUUCAGAGUUUGUUUCUGAGACGGCGAUUGUAGUCAAUCUGUAUGCAACUGUUACGCGUUACCUCGACUAUGUCUUACCAAGGAUCACCAUAUUCGGGCCCGGGUGACGACUAUGAUUUCGAAGACGAUGGGUACGACGAUUUAGAUGAAUAUAGGGAUCAAGAGGACCCAUUGCCACCACCUCCAGUCGACGAUAGCGAUGAAGACACAGAAGAAGCAAGUGAGACAGACAUACCCAACAAUGAUGAGCCAGUGGAGAUCAAGGAACAAAUGUAUCAAGAUAAGUUAGUAAAUCUAAAAAAGCAGCUACAGCAGUUAGAAGACGGAGUGCAUCCAGAGUUCCUUAGGAGGGUGAAAAGGCUGGAACAUCAGCUACAUGAGAGAUUAAGGCUCAACAAGAUUUACAAAGAUCACAUGCAUGAUGUGGUAGAAAGAGAAUAUAUAUCAGAGAAGAAGGCAGCGGCAAAGGAGUUUGAAGAGAAGAAAGUAGAAUUAAGAGAGAAUUUACUCAAUGAUUUUGAAGAUAAGAGAAAAAUGAUUGAAAAUGAAAGGCAUAGUAUGGAGCUAAAUGGUGAUUCAAUGGAGGUUAAGCCAGUAAUGAAACGGAUAUUGCGGCGGCGCGCUAACGAGCCUGCGCCGGCGCCGGAGAAGCGACGCAAGCCGUUGGCUACCACACUCACAUACCAGCUGGACGAGCGCGAUGUGGAGGCUGACCUGCGAGCUAUCGCGCGUCAUGCUCCUUCACCACCAAGACAUGCUCCCGCACAUAACAACCAACCGAGAAAACAUCAUAACUCUACCAGCUCGACGUGCGCGGGUGAGUCUCCGGUGCGCGAGGGUGAGGCGACGGAGGCUCGUGUGGAGGACGGCAAGUUGUGGUACGAGCGGCGCUGGUUCCACCGCGGACAGAGUGUCUACGUGGAAGCCAGGGGCCGAGAGAUUGGCCGCUUCGCUGGUCAUAUACACGCCAUCACCGAUGAAGCGAUAUGGGUGAAGAAAACGAAUCUAGAGCGCGUUAGGAUAUACGUGUCUCAGUUAGCUCGGGGAAAAGUGACGUUAAAGAGACGUGCAUCGUAACUAAGUGUGUAUACUGUGCAAGACUGUUCUGUAUAUAGUUUAUAUACUAGUUGUGUAUCAGUGAAAUGGGUUAUAAAUGAAGAAUGGAUGUGCAAAGGAUACCUUGAAAGCAUCGCGGAUGAACAUAUUAUCAGGUAAUGUAUAUCAGAUAAAUAUGUGCCACCUUUCAGUUGUGAAUGCUGUCUAUUUGAUAUUUGUAUAGGCAGAUUAUAAGCGAAUUUCAUAUUAGAUAAAUUCAUUUACAAAGUGAUUUGUUAUAUAACUUUCUAAAGAUUUAUUGGCUGUUAUUUUUGUGUUGCUAAUAAAGUAUAAUUCACUAAUAAUGCAACUACCAAUUUUUACAAAGUGUUGAAUUAUUAAAACGUCAUAUUAUGAAUGAAUUUAUCCAAUAUGUUAUUUACUGACUCUAAACAGUUUACUUAAGGUGGGUAUAGAUUAGAGCAUUUACUUGUAACAAAACAACGAGCCGUUCUAUGAUAUGUUGGUGUUAG